AUGGCCAGCGGGGGGAAAUGGCGCGAGGAGCAGAUCCUCAUCAUCUGCCCCGGCAGCAGGACGACCAUGGCCCAGCUGGGCUGCGGCGAGCUGUCGCCGCCGGCCCACCGCAUCCCGACGAGGAUGUUCAGGGACGAGGAGGAGCCGGAGCAGUGGCGGCCGUACUAUACGUACAAGCGGACGACGGUGACGGACGGCGUCGAGCACGAGGAGUGGGUGGAGGAUGUGGACGAGGACAAGGGCGCCGUGUGGCCAAUUGAGGGCGGCCGCAUCGUCCAAAUGGACGCCUUCCUCGCCUUCCUCGACCACGUCCACGGCCUCCUCACCACCACAUACCACAACACCCCCAUCAUGCUCAUGGCCUCCCCGCAGUGGACGCGCCCCGACUGCGAGACCAUUGCCCGCUACAUCUUCGAAAAGACAAAGACGCCCGCCCUCUGCCUGAUACACAGCGGCAUCGCCACGCAGUACGGCCUCAAGUGGCCCAACAUGACCGUCGUCGACAUUGGCUACGAAAAGGUCGACGUCACCGCCAUCCACGACGGCCGCGUCGUCAACCACAUGGACCUGGGCAGGCCGCUGCCCGACCGCUUCAUCAGCGGCGGAGAGGUCUUCACGCGGAAGCUGCUGCAGCUGCUCGAGGGGCAGGGCUUCAACCAUGACAUGGCGGAGCAGCUGAAGAAGAGCGGCAUCUGCGAGGUGCUGCCCUACGCUCCGGCCAAGAAGGAACUCAUGGAUCUCCCCGUCGAGUCGUCCUCCACCAACGCACCACAGUCUCAGUCACGCCCAGCAGCCCCGGCGGCAACGACAGCAGAAGAAGGCGCGCCGCCAGGAACAGGCGCGGCCGACUCAACAUCUGCGGCACCGGCGAAUGACGAGGCGGCAGUGGAGGAAGAUGUCGCCAUGGAGGACAAUGAUGGCCUCGACGCCGCCGUUGACGAGGACGGCGUGUUGGACGUCGCCACCAUCGUCACCAGCGGCCAGACCAAGGAGUUCCUCGCCAAAAAGGAGAAGGAAAAGGAGAAGGGCAAGCCUGGGCGGAAGUCUAACAAGGACAAGGACGGCGACGCGGCAGCUCAAGCACGGCCCUUGCGGCAGCCCAACUCCAAGAGGGUGCGCAACACGUUCUCUUAUGAAGAGAUUAUCAUGGAGGAAGUCCCCAAGGAGGUACCAGCGCCAGCCCCGGUAUCUGCGCCUACGCAGGAUGCGGAAGGCAGCCGCGUGGAAGAAGUUGACGCCACAGAAAAAGCUGCAGAGCCUACAGCAGAGCCGGCAGCACAAGGAACGGAGGCGGAUGCAGACUCCAAAGAGCCUGCUCCUCUCAGGCCCAAGCGAAUCCGGCGCGAGAUCGAAGUCGGCCUGGAGCGCUUCCUGUUCGCGGACCGCGAAGAAAUCGACCGCAUCGUCAGCACCAUCUACCGCACAAUCCAGGGCGUCGAGGACAUGUACAUGCGCCCUGCCUGCUGGGACAACCUCGUCUUCGUCGGCAACGGGUCGCGGCUGCGCGGGCUCAAGGACAACAUCCUGCAGACGCUCACCGCGCGGCACCUCAUCUCGCCGUCGACGGCCACCAUGUUCACGUCGGAGCUGCCGUCCAACGUGGCGACGCCCGCGGGCACCGGCUCGCAGACGCCCGUCGGCUCCUUCAGCGGCGGCCCGCACCAGCUGGCCAGCGGCGGCGGCGUCAACCCGCUGCUGCAGGCGGCCACGACGGCCAGCACCUUUGGCGUCCCCGGCCGGGACACGAUCCAGGUGGCCACGGGGUCGACGCCCAUGGUCGGCUCCGAGGCUGCGGGCCCCGCGAGCGGCCACCACUUCCACAGCCAGACGCCCACCAGCAUCCGCACGAUUGCGCUGCCGACGUACCUGAGCGAGUGGAGCAAGAACGGCUUCGAGGAGGCCAUGUUCCUCGGCGCCCAGGUGGCCGCCAGGAUAGCCUUUUGCCUGCACUCCAACAUGGACGCUCAGGCGAUUGAGGCCCAGAAGUCGAUGAGCCUGAGCAGAGUCGAUUACAAUGAACACGGCCCCAAAGCCAUCCGCACACAUUCCAUGCUCAGCUGA